AUGCCAUUGACGCACCCAGACGUGCAUACUCUGAAAACCGACCUAUCCGACAGCGGCCAAGUAUUCAACGCACUAUCCGGCCAAUGGACCCUCCACGAACCAUUUCCCGAGGGACUCCCACCUCGUCCGGACGCCGUGGUGCAUUUGGCUGGUUAUGCCAGGAACAUGAUCGCCCCAGAUAACGAAUUAUUUCGCUCCAAUACGCAGGGCACGUACAAUGUCGUGGAGGCGGCUUGUAAACUUGGCAUUCGCAAGAUUAUCAUUGCGAGCAGUGUCACUGUUUACGGGGUUAGUUUUGCACAGGGGGAUGCGAACUAUCCUUAUUUCCCUAUUGAUGAGGAUCAAGAUGUUAAUCCGACUGAUACGUAUGCGUUGGCGAAACUGUGCAAUGAGCGUGUGGCGAGGGGAUUUGCAGCGCGGUUUGGUGUGGAUAUUUAUAUCCUUCGAAUUGGGAGGGUGAUUGAACCGGAGGAGUAUAAUGGGGAAAUCUUUUAUAGUUAUGUUCAUGAGCCUGAUCAGUGGAAGGUGCAUGGGUGGUCUUAUAUUGAUGCGAGGGAUUUGGGGGGCAUGUGCGAAGCGGCGGUUCGGACGGAUGGGUUGGGGUUUCAAGUUUUUAAUGCUACGAAUGAUACGAUGACGAAUGUUCGGAAGACGGAGGAGUUUUUGAGAGAAGAGGUUUCCGAAUACGCCGAUUCGGAGGGGGUUGGAGGAGUUUGA